UUCCCAGUAAAACUCUAUGUUUAUGAUCUAACCAAGGGGUUAGCAAAGUCAAUGUCAAUGGCAUUUUUAGGAAAACAGAUCGAUGGUGUGUGGCACACUGGAACUGUUGUUUAUGGAGAGGAGUACUAUUUUGGAGGAACAGGAGGAAUUGAAAGUUGCCCUCCAUGUGGAACAAUAUUGGGUGAACCAGAUACCAUAAUUGAUAUGGGUACAACACAAAUACCUAAAGAAAUGUUUCUAGAAUAUUUAUCACAACUGGCAACCUCCAACUUUAAACCUCAAGACUAUAACUUAUUAGAACAUAAUUGUAAUAAUUUUAGUGACGAGGUGUGCCAGUUUCUAACUGGGAAAAGUAUUCCAUCUCAUAUAACUGGUCUUCCUCGUGAAGUUUUAAAUACGCCUAUGGGUGCCAUGAUCAAACCUUUGAUAGAUUCAAUGAAUAUACAACCAAGUGGUGGUCAUUCAGUA